AUGAAGCAAGCGUUAAGAAAGAGCAUUGCAAAAACUUUAGAGACUAUUAACAAGUCAGAAGUUGAGGUACAGUCCAAACAUAUCACCAAUGCGCUAAAACCACUGAUCAAACCAAGCUAUUCAGUAGCUUGCUUUAUGAGUAUGGAUCAUGGUGAAGUGAACACUUUUGAGAUUCUCCAAUAUUUGUUCUCACAGGGUAACAAUGUGUAUCUUCCACGUUGUACUCACACUAGGAAAACAAGGCAUGUAACGUUGAGAGGUAAACAAGAGAGACAUCACCCCCAUUUAACUUUCCACAAAAUGCAGAACUUGGAGCAAGUUUGCAGUUUGAAACCGAGUGGCAAAUAUAAGCUUAGAGAACCCCCUGAAGAGGGCCCUGCGCCUUUGCCUGCAAAACUGGACAUUAUUCUUGUCCCUGGUGUUGCCUUCAAUGUUAAAGAUGGUGCAAGAUUGGGAUGGGGAGCAGGUUAUUACGAUGACUUUUUCAGAAGAUAUCAAUUGCACCAUAGGAGUGACACUCCAUUGCUUGUGGGAUUGGCUCUGAACCAACAAGUUGUAGAUCAUAUCCCUUUGGAACCUCACGAUUAUGUCAUGGACUGUAUUGCGUCCGGAGAUGGCAAACUUCAUUGGAUCCAUGAAGAUAAAUUGAAUAAAUAA